AUGUCAAAGAAACAUAAGGAAACUUUGUCAAUAAUAAGCUCCACAGAGAAAGAUUCUCUGUUUUUCGGUAGUUGUAUAGCAAUAAGUCCAGACAGUCAACAAAUUGUUACUUUUAUUCCAGAAACACGCGAAUUUAAGCUAUAUGAUACAAGCUUAAAUAAGCAUAUUCGUAUUUUUAAACUUAAAUCGGAAAUUAACGGUAAACGCCUUUAUUGGUCUAUGGCAAUAUCUAAUUGUGUAGACGAUGGUGGGAAUGAACGUUUUAUUGCAUUGUCUUGUUUUGAUGAAAUAAGAUUCCGUGAUGAUAUAGUGCAUGGUGAAAGUGAAGAAUAUUUAGAUACUUCUUUAGAAUUAAUUGGCGGUGUUAUAAGAUUUCUUGAUAGCCCGUUAAAAAACAAAACAAUAAUCAUUAUGGUCAAUGCUUUAGGAAUUUUCAAAGAAACAAUGAAUCAUAAUAAAAGAAAGCAAAGAUUUUUCUCACAAUCAUCCAAUAUUGAACAAUUUGAAUUACCCCAACAUCUUUCAAUUCGUCUCCGCCUUUCACGGAAUCAUUGGCAGAAUUCAUUGGAACUCUUACACGCCAGUGUUAUUAAAAAUCAUUUUGUAGUACAUUCUUUUGAAAAACGCCAACUAAUUAUUGAAAUGUACAGUUUAAUUACUGGUGAUCUAGAGAUGUUAUUCAAACAUAAUGCUCCCAAAAUAAUUCACAAUUCACCAAUUUUUGCCGUCUCUCAAGGUGAAAGAUUUUUAGCAUUUUGUGAAACCACUUGUAUUACGUUAUUCUUUAUGGAAAAUGGUUUAAAAAUUACUACUAAACAAUUAACUGAUCAAAAGGGAAUUUAUAAAAUUAUUGGUAUAAAUUUUAUUGAUGAUGAUAGUAAACUUUUAAUUGUUCUUGAAGAAAAAGAAGUCAAAAUUCUCAAGAAUCAAAUAUUUGUUGUAUGGGACUUAUUUACCACAUUUGAAAAUUCCAUACGCCAAAUUGAUUAUUCCAUAAAAAUGAAUGCCACACUUAGACUUAUGAAAUCCGACGGAAAGAUGUUUGCGGUUAGAGAUAAUGGAGAUAUUUUUUCAGUGUUAGAUCUUGCAGAUUCAGAUCUAAUAUAUCCUUCAGUGAAGGUGACUAAUAUUGAUAUUUCUACAAGGGAUCACGUUUGUCAUGCAAUUUAUAAUAUGGAUGGGGAAAGAUUUGACGCAUCAAAAUUAGCAAAAAAUCGAAUAAUAAUAGAUAAUGUUGAACCAUGGCAUCCAAACAAAAAUUAUUUUCGAAUAUCAGUUUACUUGGAUUCUACUGAAAUUACUCAACUAAUUAUUUCGAGUAACACUAUACAAGUAUGGAAAUAUCGUAACAUUAAUACUACAGAAAAACUAGAUAAACGUUGCGAUCGAGUAUUAGAAUAUAUAUGGGCUCGGAAUAAAGCGAUAGAUGUUCGCGAAUUAAGAAUUAGAGAACGAGAAUUUGUGUUAAAAGUUUCAGUACCUUCUUCUAAAUCUUAUACACCACCAAAAUCAAUGACGAUACAUUGGCCAAAUAAUGUAAAUGUUCUUGAAGGGGCAUGUAGAGCCCUUUAUGUAUUAGAAGUGAAGAAACAUGAUGUAGAAGGUCGUGAAAACGUUAAUCAAAUUAAAUAUUUAAUUGAAUGUACACAAAGAUUAGUACGAAAGUAUAUUACAAAAUACGGAGAAUUUAGAUUAACUAGUAUUAGAUAUCCAAUUAUGAAAUUUCUUAUUAAAAGUUAUCAAGAAAACCUAAUAAAUCAUAUUUUAAAUACGAGAAUUAAUGGAAAAAAUUGUAAUAUAUAUAUACCAAGAUUAUAUAAAUGGGUGGCAGAUGAAGAUAAUAAUAGAUCAAUAACAAAGUCAGAUUUACAUCAUGCUAUUUUAUGUAUUCAAGAAAGAGGAGAUUCUAAAGUAAUUUUAAAAUAUUUAAUAGAUUAUUAUACUGAUAAUACUAAAGAAUAUAAUAAUUAUGGCUGGAUGUUUACUGUAAGCAAAGCAAUACCUUUAUUAUAUGAUAAUAAUUUAAGGGAAUUUGUUCAAUAUUUAUUCCAAAAACCAUGUUUUGGAAUUACCGAAGCUUACACUUCGCCAUUACAUAUUAGUCCUUAUGAUCAAAGGAAAGGAAAUAACGCAGCGGUGAUGUAUUCUUUGGUAGUAAAACCAUGCCUUGCACCAAUCCAUAAUACUCGAUGGUUUUUCUUUAAAAAUCUAUUUACAAGGAUUGAAACUUCACAUAAAAAUCGUAAAGUUUAUAUAGUUCCUUUACCUGAUUUUACAACACCUACUCUUAUGGCAGUCUUAGAUUUUAAAUGGUCGGCUGUCCACUCAAAGAUAAUGUUGGCAGUUUGCUCUUCGGUAUAUGGGUAUACUGGAUUGUAUUUAAUUGCUACAGAGUUUAUGCAAUUAAAAAGAGAAGGAUUGUAUCGAUAUGUGAAUAUUUAUAAUAUUUUUGAUCUAGGUUCAUUGUUAUUACCGUUAGCAAUAAUUAUAGUGAGGAUUUUAGGUUAUUUGGGAAAAAUUAUUUUGCAAAAUUCAGUAAUUAUCCCUGUUGGGGCGCUUACAGCUUUAAUUGCGUGGCUUGAAGUAUUAUUUUUAUUGAGAUAUUUUGAAGUUCCAGGACGUUUUGUUUAUAUCAUUAUAAAUAUUUUAAAUACUAUUUGGCCAUUCUUUGCAUUCAUGUUGAGUGUUGUACUUGCAUUUGUAGAAGCUGUGUUCUUUUGGAACAAUGGAAGAUGGAAUAGUUAUGCUGCAGAUGCAAUGAGUAUACUUGGAUUUAUAAUAUUGGUGUUAAUUUUCCAAAAUAUGUUGAUUGCAUUUAUGAAGUCAAAAAGCCGUACGGCAGUUCGCAGAUAUCGUACAGAAUUUAUUGAAGCUCUAGAUAAACCUUUUUGUAAAAAAACUAAUCCUCGAUACAUUUAUUACAUACCUGAUCCUAAUAUGAUUGAUACUUGGCUUGAGGAAACCAAAAAGGAUGAGGAACAAAAAUUGCGUCUUAUGGGUGAGAAUUUAGCUGAAUUGACAGAUUUAACAAAUUUUGAUUAUAGCGAUGAUGAUGAAGGUGACAAUGAUCAAGGUUCUUCAAGUACUAUGAAUAUUGAACCUAGUACAACGGAAUAUUGCGAUGAAGAAAUUUUCGUGCUAAAAGUUACUCCAAAAAGAAUCGAACAAUAA